GUUACUUAUAUUUAUUUCAAUCUGUGUUUCUCUCUCUCUCUAGCCAUCUGUGACUUCUCCGUCAUGACUAAAGAUUGGGGCACCAAGUGGCACGACAACCGCCUCCGCCAUUCUUUUUCUCUCUCUAGUUUCUCUCUCUAGCUUCAUCUAGGGUUUACAUUCAGUUCAGUUUUGUUUGUUCUCAGCUUCUUUGUUGUGUUCGUGAUUUACUUCAAUUCGAAAGGUAGAUAGGCGAAAUAUUUAUUUUUCAUACUCGUUCAUUUCUCUCUUUCACUUUGGUUAGCUUAGGUUUUAUAUGUUCCAGAAGUUUCAAUGUUGACGUCUUCGUCGAAGAAGAUUUGCUUCAAUUCGGGCUGUAAGGAUGUAUUGGAACGACCAAGAAAAGGUUGGCGUCGCCGGCAUGGCGACUUCGCUGACCUCUGUAAUCGAUGCGCUUCUGCUUAUGAGGAAGGAAAAUUCUGUGAGACUUUUCACUUGAAUGCUUCUGGUUGGAGAUGUUGCGAGUCCUGUGGAAAGCAAAUACAUUGUGGAUGUAUAGUUUCAUUCCACACAUUUGUACUGUUGGAUGCUGGAGGAAUUGAGUGCAUAAAUUGUGCAAAGAAAAGUUUUAUUUUGACGCCAAAUCCUGCAUGGCCUCCACCUUCUCUCUUCCUUCCUGCAGUGCCUGAAAGAAUUAAGGAUGUCUCAAACAAAAACUGGGGUCAGAUAGCUGCAUUAGGCUCUGUUCCCUGGCGACAAGCACCCAGUUUGUUCAGCACUUCUACUGCUCAGUCUGAAUUGCAUCCAAAAAUGCCCUUUGAGGUUGACAUACUGAGUGGCAGUGACAGACUUAUCGCCAGCGAGCAAUUAUCUUCCUCCUCUUUAGAGAAGAAGAAAAUAGAGGAUUUGUCUGAAAGAUCAAUGAAUGGUAGCUUGAAGCUUGGUGCAUCAGCAGUGGUUGAGAACAUGAAUGCAGGAACCAAUCACGAGGAGCAAUCUUACGCAUGUUUAAAUGCUCCUCCACAAUUGUCCUUCUCAAAGAAUGACAAUCUUUCUCAGCAGUCAUCCUUCUCAAAAAAUGACCCAUCUACUCCACACUUCAGUUUGGCUGUAAAUUCAGCAUCAUCAAAUGAUCGAACUAAGGUUUCUAAAACUUGUGCACAAAAACCAACCUCCCCAGUUCCUGUGGGAAAGGAGUUCUUUGGGCAUAAUGGAGUUGAUGCAUCUGGUGAAAAAAAAAUACAUAAUGGAAAGCCUCAAGGAGAGGCCGGAAAAAGAAAUCAGUUACUUCCUCGGUACAGACCCAGGAUAAGUGAUGAAGAGCUACAGCUGAUCUCUGGAGAUUCGAACUCUGUAAUAACUUCCUUGUUUGAGAAGAUAUUAAGUGCUAGUGAUGCUGGCCGGAUAGGGCGUUUAGUACUGCCAAAAAAAUGUGCAGAGGCCUAUUUUCCACCAAUUUCACAGCCAGAAGGAUUACCUCUCAAAGUACAAGAUUCAAAAGGGAAGGAGUGGAUAUUUCAAUUCCGAUUCUGGCCCAAUAAUAAUAGCAGAAUGUAUGUUUUAGAGGGGAUCACUCCUUGUAUACAGUCGAUGCAGUUGCAAGCUGGUGACAUAGUAACAUUUAGUAGGUUAGAGCCAGAAGGAAAGUUGGUCAUGGGGUUUAGAAAGGCUUCAACUAGUCUGCCAUCUGAACAGGGCAAAGAAAGUGUCAACAAUGGUAAUGGAGUUUCUGCACGUGGAGGUGUUAGCCAUAGAAAAACUAAACCUGGUGAAACUGUUUCGACUCAUCUUCAGUUAAAAAGUAAUUCAGUGUCACCUAGCUUUUGGUCAAUCGACCAGGCUAACUUGGCAGAUCCAGCAAGUACAUCAUCCAAAGCUGAUAAAUCUGGGUAUAUUGCUAAGGAAGUAGUCACAACUAAAUCUUCUUUUCGUAUUAAGCGGAAGAACAGCACCUUGGGAUCAAGGAGUAAACGUUUAAGAAUUAAAAAUGAGGAUCUCAUAGAGCUAAAGCUAUCAUGGGAAGAAGCUCAAGCUCUGCUUCGCCCACCUCCUAACCGUGUGCCCAGUGUCGUGGUAAUUGAAGGGUGUGAAUUUGAGGAAUAUGAGCAGGAUGCACCAAUAAUUGGAAGGCCUACGAUUUUCGCAACAGAUAUUCUGGGUGAAAAGAUCCAGUGGGCUCAAUGUGAAGACUGUCUUAAGUGGCGCAAAGUUCCCGCUGAUGCUCUUCUUCCCUUGGGAUGGACUUGUUCUAAGAACUCAUGGGAUUCAAAAAGAUCUUUAUGUUCAGCGAGUCAAGAAUUAACAGCAGAACAGCUUGAAGAUCUGCUACCCAUAAGUAAUCAGGGUACAAAUGUCACAGACGGUGCACCUGAUGCUUCUGAGAAAAUGAAGGCUGCUAAGCUUGAUCCCGAUCCGGUAGAAGCUUUGGAGGGGCUCGACAAACUGGCCAACCUAGCUAUUCAGGAAGAGGGUGAGGCACUCGCAUCAUCAUCCCAGGCCACAACAAAGCACCCCCGCCAUAGACCUGGCUGUACGUGCAUUGUCUGCAUUCAGCCCCCAAGUGGGAAGGGGCCCAAGCACAAGCUAACAUGUGCAUGUAACGUCUGCCUUACUGUGAAGCGCCGGUUCCGAACGAUGAUGUUGCGGCGCGAACAGAAACAAUCAGAGAAAGAAGCAGAAAGUGCACAUGAAAAGCAGCAGCUACAGAUGCCUGAGCAAAUUCCUGAUGAUGACAUCCAGGAAUAUGGUAACAUGGGAAAUAGUAUUCCCUACUGGAAAAACGUGGCCAAUGAGGAUCCUAGCAAUGAACGAAGCUGGACGAAAUCCUCCCUUUCACCUUUCAAAGGCCAAAUUGACCUGAAUAUCCAGCCAGAGCGGGAGGAAGAGCUGGCACCAGGUUCAGAUUCUGGCAGCACAAUGAGGUUGCUCCAAGAUAACACGGAGAGGUAUCUCAGGCAGCAGAGACUGUCUAGUUCUGGUGAUCACAGAGAUUCAGUAUGCAAUCAGAUACAGCAGGGUGGAAUUAGAGGAGAAAACUUUAGCAACCGUAUCACCCUUGAUAGCAGUCAUCAAAAGGACGCUGGAGCAGAUCAUCGUGUAACUUCGUCUAUGAACCCACCAGCAUCCACAUCAACAACCACUGAGAGAUAAAAGGUACCAUUUCGUGGCACAUAUUGCAAAAAUCAUUGGUAGGACUUUCGUAUUGUAUGCUGGGUUAGCUCUUGUUGUACAUUUGUCUGCAUCGGCAUCAAGGGGAGGCGCGAAGUGGAGGAUUUGGUUAAGAAAGCAAUUAUAUCUAUAAUUGUCCUCCUUUCGACGGUAAUUUAGUGGACACUAAAUUUAUAGGAGGAAAAAGGUAAUAUACAACUGGAGUGGACAGUGGGUCGUAGCCAUUACUUUACUGUUAAGGAGCUCACCUUGCUGCCCUGUAAUGCUAGGCUUAGGAUGUAACUAUAGGUACUUUUAUUUGACUCUCCUUUUCCGUUUUUUUUUUUUUUUUUU